AUGUUUGGGAAAUUCAGGGUUAUUCCGGACUCUAUCGGCCUUCUGUCUCAACUCAAGGAGCUGAAUGUGAUUGACUGCUGUGAGCUUUCGGCCUUCCCACAGUCCGUCUCCGCUAUGGAGUCACUCACAAGCCUCGUUCUUGAUGGCUGCGAUCUUCACGAGCUGCCCGGAGACAUCGGGCAGCUUUCAAACCUGGUUUCGCUGAAGCUGUCCAACCUCCCUCCAGGUUUUGAAACCCUCUCGAAGCUGCGCACUCUCUAUCUCUUCAACUGCGUCUUUGCGAGCCUGCCGGACAGGUUCGGGGACCUGCCGAGCCUGGAAGUGCUCAGGAUCGGGACAAAGGCAACGUACAGCAGGAAUAGGCUCGAGACCGGCAGCGAAUCAGAUUACGGAGAUGAGUUGGAAGGCGCGUGCGCCCUCCACAUGCUUCCCCAGUCCCUGGUUCGCCUCACAGGACUGGUAGAGCUCGUUUUGGAGGGGUGUGAGAUGCUGGAGGAGUUGCCGCCAGGCAUGGGGGGGCUGUCCAGCCUUAGAGUGCUCGAGGUGAGGAAUUGCCCUCAGCUGCGGCUCUUCCCGUCCCUGCUCUCCCCUCCCGUCGUUGCUGCUGCAGCUGCCACCCCUGCUCCCCCGUUUCCAUCGCUGGAGCAGCUGGAGAUAUCUGACUGCCCGCGCCUGGAGAGCCUUCCAGAGGGCCUGCAUCUGCUGCCUAGACUGGAACACUUGGCUCUUGAAGACUGCCCCAGUCUAGAGCUCACACACCCGAGCCCCUUGCCCCCCCCCACGUCCCCAACCCCACAGAGCAAUACUUUUCUGUCUGCACUCUCCCCACCAUCGACCUCCCCCUCCUCCCCUCCUCUUGUUGCGCCCAUCUCCCUUCCGAUUUCCAUGAAAACCAUCAUUCUCUCAAACGUCUUCCAGUCAGCCCAGUACCUGCCAGAAUCCCUUCUUUCCCUCGCCCAACUCACCCACUUGAACAUCUACGACCUUCCAUCUCUCCAGCAGCUUAUUGCCCCUUCCCUUGUGACCCAGUCCUCAGCCUACGAUCAAGCCACCCACAAUCACCAAUCUGAAAGAUUUGAUUCUGAUUCUGAUGUGCCUGCCAGAUUGGAUCUCUUUCCUUCUCUGCAGCAUCUUCACAUCGCCCUCUCCAACCUCUCUGCACUCUCUGAAACCGUGGGCAAUCUGGCGCAGCUGAAAGUGCUGCUGCUAGAGGAGUGUCCUGCCAUGACCUCCCUUCCUGCGUCCCUCACUAGCCUCUCCAAUCUCCAACAACUGACACUCAAGUCGCUCCCCUUGCUGACCCACAUGCCCGAAAAUAUCGGGCAGCUUAAAGCCCUGCGCAAUCUGAGUCUGGAGUCCUGCCAAGCUCUUAAAGCCCUGCCGUUCUCCGUCACCCUCCUCUCCUCCCUCAUGCGUCUCACCAUCGAAGACUGUCCCAACCUCACCCGCCUCCAUCUCCUCUCUCUCCAGCCUUGCCUCUCACUCUCACACGCCUUCCUUUCCUCCGCCGCCUCCCCUCCCCGCUCUCCCUCCCGCACCUCAUCAACCUCUCACUGCAAGGUUGCAAGCGCCUGA